AUGAGGCUCCUUCAGCGGAAGCACCCGACGGAGGAGAUCCGAGAGGAGGAUAUUUCUACCAUCCUCCAGGCGGCCGACUUGGGCGCCAUGCAGGUGCGGGGUGUCUGGGUGCUGGCGUCCACCGGCACGGAAGCGCAUGAUCGCUUCCGGCGCACCUUGCUGGGACUCUUCAAGCACCGGGAGACCGUGACGCGGCAGGACGUCAUGGAAGAAUACGAGCGCGUCUACAACGAGAGGUGCAAGCUCAGCGAGUACGUGAUCCGGCAGCAGCUGCGGGAGGUGGCCGAGAAGUUGGAGCAAGGUGGACAGGCCAUCUAUGUGGUCAAGGGAGCAUUGCAGACGCGCUGA